GGUGAUAGAACCUACUGAGGAGGAAGGUGACUAUUGAGGACGAGGAUGCUGUGGAGGAGGAGGAGGAUUCAGGUGAUACUAAGCCUGUUGGGGAGGAUCAAAUUGGAGCUGGCAUUGUUAAGGAGUAUCAAGCUGUUAAUGUUGAGGCCGAGCAGGAUGGGGGUGCUGAUGAAGGUGACGCCUGGGGUGAUGUGCGUUAAAGUAAUCAGCUUGAUAAUGCCCGAAAUUCUUUCCAAUCGCUUCAUACUAGUAGUAGACAUCCUUAAUCCUAAACGCUUAGUCCAAACAACAGAUCGUCAUAUUUAGUCCUCAUCCCCAAUCAUGAAUGCUGGGCCUAAUUAAUAAGAAGCCAAACCUGACUUUAGUUCUAUCGUCAAUGUGUAAAACCGUUUCUAAUCCCCCGUGUCUGGAAUAGUACCCUUGAAGCUGCAUAAUCUCUGACUUCCCUAUCGACCGACGAUGAGUCCCCGGGUUUAAAGGU